AUGGAAGCACUGGAGGAAGUCCACUUGGCUCGCAAAACAGUUGGCAAUUUCCUACACGUUAACACCAAGCUUACGCCAUCCUGCGCCUCAAUCUCGGAUGAGUGGCGUAUUCGGAAGACGCUGGCAAUUGCUUUCGUCACUUAUACCGCCAUCCAUCGCGUCGGUGACGAAUACCGAACAGUCCAUGAGAACUUCCCUGCGCUUUUGUCUCCCGACAGCGCUUUGGUGGGCGAAAACUUUCAGUGGGUUGUUUACACCGGUUUUCUCUUGUCCGGAGGGAGGCAGUACUUGCAACAAGCCACAGCAAUCAGUGCAGAAUGGAUAGCGGACUUGCCUUUCUUCCAAGAAGCUCGCCUACCCAAGAGGAGAGACGGCACAUUCAGACAGAACUCUGUCCAAGAGGCUCUGGAACACGCCAAAUCUUCUACUCAAGCUGCCAAUGAGACGAAAUAA